GCUCAAAGAGGGAAAUAUAUUUUAGAGGGAAACAACAUUUUCAUACUAAAGAAGCCAAAAUAAAAGAAAUCAUCAAGAUGGUUAAGCUCUGUGGACUUCAUCUACUCUAUCUCCUGGUAUUUCACCUGGCUACGUGCCAUGGUAUAAAUGAAUUGUACGCCAGUGGACCUCUGCAAGACAUGACUUUCUCUGUAUCAGAAGGUACAAUUGGAGUUCAUGUAAUAUACCAGUUUACAAUUGAGCUGCCUGCUGUCAGUUUGAGACUGUCUGGUGAAAAAGAUGGCGUCAUUGAGAUUGCAUCAACUAGCGGCUAUCUCUAUCUCAACGGCUCUCUAGACAGGGAAAACAAAGAAAUCCACAGGCUACAGGUGGAGGCUCUGAAUGUAGCGGGACAGAAAGUGAAAGGUCCCUACUCUAUUACUAUCAAUGUUCAGGAUAUUAAUGACAACCCACCAAAGUUUGAGAAGUCAAAAUACGAUGGAGUAGUAUGGCAGAAUUCCCGUCCAGGCAAACCCUUCCUGUAUGUCCGUGCCACUGACCGUGAUGAUCCUACAACUCCCAAUGCACAGCUGUUUUACAACAUUCUCCACCAUUUCCCCAACCCUUAUAAGUCGAUGCUUUUUCAGAUUGAUAACGUAACUGGAGCAAUCUCAACAAGUGAGCCUGGUUCUCGUUUAUUAAAUCCCCAAACGCAGGCUACGUUUACCCUUGUUGUCACAGUGAAGGAUUUGGCAGGAAUGUCAGAGAACGCUUUAACCAGUAACACUGACGUGGAAAUAACUGUGAAGGAGAACCUUUGGAAGGCACCUCCGAAAGUAUCUAUCAAAGAAAACUCUACUGAGCCUCAUCCCAUCUCUAUCACGCAGGUGCACUGGAAUGAGCCAGGUGCAAAAUAUGACCUUUUGCAAAAGGAGAGGCUGCCCAGGUUCCCAUUUACGAUUGAUCAGAAUGGGACGAUUUAUGUGACUGAACCCUUGGAUAGGGAAGAAAAGGAAUUGUAUUCAUUCUUUGCAACUGCAAAAGAUAAAGGAGGAGAGGAACUGGACCGGCCUUUGCCAAUCUUCGUUCAGGUUGAAGACAUUAAUGAUAAUCCUCCUGUGUGCCAGAAUGCUUUGACUAUAUUUGAAGUUCAGGAGAAUGAAGGAUUAGGGAGCAAUAUUGGAACUCUGCAUGCUACAGACAUGGAUAAAGAAAACACUCUUAAUUCUCGCCUGCAGUUCCGUAUUGUGGACCAGAACCCCAAAAUCCCUUUAGAUAACCUCUUUAUUAUCCAGCAAGAAGCUGGGACUUUCCAGCUAUCUAGCUCUUCAUUAAACAAGAGGGUAGUUUCGAAUUAUUUUGUAAGGGUGGAGGUGACAGAUAAAGUGUUCACAACAUUGUGUGAUGUGAAAAUAAACGUCAUUGACAUCAAUGAUCAGAUUCCCAUCUUUGAAAAAUCAGACUAUGGUAAUUGGAUUAUUCUUGAAGAUACUCCAGUAGGAGAAGUAAUACUAGAAAUUCAAGCUACAGAUGCUGAUGAACCAUUCACUGGGAGCUCUCAAAUCAUUUACCAAAUUGAAGAGGGAGAUCAAAAUAAAAACUUCAUUAUAGAGACAGACACCAAAACAAAUAGGGGAUUUGUAAAGAUUAACAAGGUUCUUGAUUUUGAAAUGUCUUCAACAUACAACCUGACAGUCAAGGCCACAAAUCCAGAACCUUUGGUGCGAGGAGUACAGUAUAAUUCAAGCUCCACUGCCUAUUUUGGAGUUGUUGUGGUGGAUGUGAAUGAAGUGCCAGUUUUCUCUAAGAACAUUUAUAUAGUACAUAUAUUUGAAGAUGUUCCUGUAGGUACUUUGGUGAUGACAGUGAUGGCCAAUGAUCCUGAGGGGGACCAGAUAAGAUACACGUUGAAAAGCAACAACAGAAACUGGCUGCGGAUUGAUACAUUUUCUGGAGAGAUAUAUACUGCUGCUCCUUUGGAUCGAGAAGUAGAACAUGAAUACAAAGUAGAAAUCACUGCAACAGAAGAAAAUAAAAAAUCUCAAAGCUCCACAGCAGUCUUCAUGCUAUACAUAAAAGAUGUGAACGAUAAUCCUCCCCGGUUAGCAAAGGGUAAUCAUCUAUUCUUCUGCCAUCCGCUCCGUGGAGGAGUAAGAGCAGAGAUCCAGGCCACCGAUGAUGAUGAACAACUGUAUUCUCCAGAAUUCACUUUUUCUCUCGGGAGUGGUGAAAAUAUAAAGAGUGACUGGGAAAUUUCUAGAAUAAAUGGCACCCAUGCUUACCUUUCCCCAAAGCACACUAAUCUAGAGGAGAAACAGUAUAGCAUUCCGUUAAUAAUUAACGACAACGGAAAACCACCUUUGGAAGGAAACCUGAAUCUUCAAGUAAACAUUUGCAGGUGUUCCAAUGAGGGGAGAUGUUUUAUAGAAGUAGAAAACCAUCCUGGGAUGCCAAGCGUAGGCAUGGCAGUUGGUAUUCUUCUUGGAGUAUUGAUAUUCAUCGGUUUGGUUGUAGGAGGUGUAUUUCUCAAAAUGAAAAACAAGAAAAGGAAAGAAAAAGAACUUAAGAAAAAUGCAGUUGAGUCAUCUGAACUGAAAACAUUAACAUAAUCAUUGU